CCAUGGCUACAGGAAAGCAAAGGGUCUUCUCUGACGCAGCAAGACAGGAGAGGGAGCCCACCCUAACUGCUCCUGCUUGCCACCGUCCUUCUCCCCCCCAGGUGGAAGGGGUGUCCGAGUUCAUCCACAGCUCCUUCCGACUGCUCCUGGAGAUCUACCACCUUGAGUGCCAGCACUUCCAGGACCAGGAGAGACCCCUCUACCAACAGAUGCUGCAGAGGGUGGUCUCGAUGCCGUGGCAAAUCAAAGCCAGAUACGUGCCCCUGUGUGCCAUCGUCCCCUACGUGGGCAGCCAGCAGGUGCUGGACGCCUACCCGGACCUGCCACAGCACCUCCUGAGCUGCCUCUCCACCAACCACCUGUGUCCCGCAGCCACCGAGGUCUACAAGGCCCUGGUGCGGCAGCAGUGUGCUGAGCAGCGGGGUGCGGAGGGGGCUCUGGCAGAGCGGUGGGCGCUGCGCUGGCUGCCCCUGCUCUCCCAGGCCCUCCGCUCCCCCCUGCCCAUCCUGCAGAGCAACGCCACCAACCACCUCCUCGCCUGGACCCUGCGGCAGCUCCCAGCCACCCAGGCCCUGCUGGCCACCCAGUUUGGCGGCCAGGACACAGCGUCGCUCCGGGCUUGGGUGUCUCUGCUGAAGGCGCAGAAGAGCGUGGCGGGGGCCCUGCCGCUGCGGGGCGAGGCGCUGGAGAGGCUCUCCUGCUGCCUGGGUGCCCACGAGGAGGGCGUUCGGCUGGCGGCGCUGAGUCUGCUCUGCUGCAGCCCCAGCACCAACCGGCCCCUCUCGGGCACCGAGUUGCGGCUGCUGCGCGAGUUCCUGCCCCUCAACCUCAACUGUGACUCCUCCUCGUUCCGGCAGCUGCUGCAGGCAGCGGUGAGGAGGGCGCUGGUCCGGCUGCGGGACAGCUCGCUGGCCCAGCUGCGGGGGAAGGCGCCCCGAGGCACCGAGCCGGGCGAGGGAGCAGGGCAGCUCGCCCAGGCAGUAGGCUUUGUGGAGUGGCUGCUGCAGCUCAGCAUCACCUCGCUCAGCCCGGGCUCCAACUACCAGAGGAAGAAGACGGCUCUGCUCCUCCUGGCCGCAGUUUUGGAGACCUGCACGGACACCUGGAGCCCUGACAGGAAGAAAGGCCAGCCUCCACGGACCAUGGCCACACUACUAAGCUACGCCAGGCAAAGCAGCUGCUGGGACUUCUUCUCCCAGCCCAACUUGUUGGCACUGCUGAGCUGCUUGCAGGAUAGCACUAACGAGAUCAGAGACUUGGCGUCAGAGCUGCUGGUCCGCUACUUUCCUGCCACGUUCCCUGAGCCCAUCACCCUGGCUCUCUUCCAGCUGGCCCAGGACGCCCUGGGCAGCCCCCGAGUGCAGGAGGCUGAAGCCGGAGCUGUGCUGAUGAAGACUAUCCUGCAGAAGUCAGACAGCAACACCAUGAAGAGCCUGGCCCUGGAGGCUGAAGCAGCCCCAACGCUGCCCAACCGAGGCCUGUGCUUCGCUCAGCACCUUCUCCAUGUGCUGCAAGCCCAGUACGCUGCAGCGUGCCAGGACCUGCUGCAGGCAGCAGCCACCGCACCGAUGCACGGAGCCAUCUCAGCCCUGCGGCGGUGCCUGCUCCACGUGCCGGAGGUGGCCGCCUCCAUGCGGGCAGCAGAGUUGGCACAGAGCUGGCAGGAGCUCCUCACCCGCCUCGUCACCACGGUGAGAGACAUCACCUCCUUCCUUCUGGGUGCUCUGCAGAGUCAGCAAGGCCCUGGCGCUGAUGAGCGAGCUGCUGCCCCAUCAUUUGCAGACAUGGGGAAUGCCAUCGGCUCCCUCAUCAUGCUGGGGAAAGGCCGGGGGCAGGAGGAAGAGGACUCAGUCCUGCUGUCAGAGGAACACAGCCUGAUCCUGACCUGCUGCUGGGUAUCAGUGAAGGAGAUAGGGCUGCUCUUGGGGGGCCUGGCUGAGCUGCUGCUGGUCCCGGCGCUGCCUGCGGGGUCGGGGCCCCUCCUGCCGCUCCCCACCCUGCAGACAGCCACGAGGGUGUUCCAGGAAAUCCUGCUGCGGUGCCGGCACUGGGGAGCAGUGGAGGGCUGCAGCAUGGGCUUCACCAAGUUUUGUGCCGCCCUGCUGAACCACCCAGACGCAGAGCUGCAGGCCAUCCCGCAGACCAUGCUGGAGCAGGGCUUAGAAGCGCUGAGCGGACCCCGGAGCAGCUCGAUCACACGCCGUGCUGCCGGCUUCCCCAUGCUCUUCCUCUGCAUCGUCAGCGGGGAGGCCCCGGUGCAGGCACGGCCGCUGCUGACCCGCUGCGUCCAGACGCUGCUGGCCUUGGCCACCACAGCCCUGCCGCAGGACUGGGACCAGACCCUCGACCUCCCACAGGUGUGUGCCCUCCAUGUGCUGCAGACACUGGUCCGUGGCACGGGGCUGGGCAGUGCGCUGCUGCGGCACGCCACGCCGAUGGUGGCCCUGGCGCUGCGGGGCUUGGGCUCACCGUGCUGGGCCAUGAGGAACGCAGCCAUCCAGCUCUUCAGUGCCCUCACGUCCCGGCUGCUGGGCCAGCAGCAGAGCCAGUGGGGAGGGCUGCCUGGCGGAGGGGGUGAGCCUGCAGGCCUUCCUCGGGCAGCAUCCCCAGCUGGGUGCCGUGCUGCUGGGCGAGCUGGAGGCAGCCACAGACCCUGCGCCGGGGGGGCCCCGCCUGCGCCCCGCGCUCCAUGCUGUCCUCACCCUCCUGGCCCAGCUGCAGCCUGGCGCCGACAGCCCUGGGAGCCCCUCUGCCCGUUUCCUGGGGCCGCUGCUGGAGCUGGCGGGGAGCCCCAUUUACGCCGUGCGAGCGAUGGCUGCCAAGGCACUGGUGCCGGUCGUCCCACCGCCCCAGCGCCGGGGGCUCCUCCUGCAACUGGCCCGGCAGCUCCCCACCGCGCCUGGACAGGUCCGCUCACACAACGCCAGUCCACGGGUGCCUGCUGCAGAUUCGGGCACUGCUGGUCUCCCCACCAAGCACCAAGGGGCUGUCGGCCGAGGUGCUGUGCCCCGUGGCUCUGCAGCUGGAGGCGCGGGGCUGGCUGCUCAGCCCUGCCCAGCGCUGCCCGCUCGUCCGUGCUGCCUUCCUCCAGACCCUGGCCCUCCUGCCCACCUCCUUCAGCCCUGGCUUCGCCCAGAGCAUCCGCGCCGCCAUCAGCACUGAGCUGGGCAGCCUCCCAGCCGGGGGGAAAGCUGGGCUGUGUUGAGCUGCAGGUGGGCUCAGCCGUCCUCCACCAAACCAUGGCCCACUUCAUGUGCAGCGAGGCAGCCCGGCUGGCAGACAGUGAGCGGAUCAGCACCGUCUGCUUGCUUCUACAGCAGCCAAAUCCUGACGUCCAGGUUGCCAUCCUGAGCUGGGUGAUUGCUGGGGAGGGAGGAACGUGCGAGGAGCUGGAGAAGGCUCUCAGGCUGAUACUGCUGGAGAGCUUGGGGUCGGUGCUGCAAGAGAGGAGGGACAAAGAGUUCCUGAGAUUGUACCUUGAGGCUUUGCUGCAUCUUUACAGAGAUCCCUCGUCGUGGUCCCAGGAAGCUUCCCAUAAGCUCCAGGGCUCCUCGGCAGCAUGCCUGGAGAUGCUGCUGCACAUAGUGGAGGCUGAGCAUCCUGGCCCCGACCUCCUCUUCCAGGCGCUGUGUGCCGCCAGCCUGCUGCUCACCCACCGGGUUGGGGCCGAGGAUGGGCCCCUGGUCGAGCGGUGGUGCACGGCGCUGGAGGGGUGCAGCCGGUCUGCUUCAUCCGACGUGCUGCGGCUGGCGGCCGCCCGCUCCCUGCAGACGGCAGGUGCCGACGUGGUGCGGCGAUCCCUGCGCGCUGCCUGUCCCUCGCUUGUCCCCGUGGCUCUGCGGCUGAUAAACGUGGGCAUCCAGCUUCUGCAAGACGAGGAGCGGGAGGUCCGGCACGAGACCUCGGGUUUCGCCAGCCUCUUGCGGCCGGACCCUGGGGAGCCACUCUCAGGUGGCUGCAUCUUUGUGCAGGACAACAUGGGGCUCCAGGGCCUCCUGCAGCUCCUCCUGGCAGAGUUUGGGGAGCACCCCGAAACCUUUGACUCUCUGCUGCGGCACCUCCCCGUCCUAGAUCUCAGGGGCAUCGUGGAGAAGCUGAAGGCCAACAAGGCCACCAGCCUGUACAAGGAGGAUGAACCCAACGUUUUUGCGGAGCCGGCCGUCCUGGCGUGGCAGCUGCUCCCCGUCCUGCUGCAGCUCCUGGAGAAGGCUCCUGCCGGCAGCCCACUGCAUGCCACGGCUCUGUGCUGGCUGGCAGCCACAGGCCCCGGUGUCCUGCACGACCUGCGGUACUGCAAGCACCACUGGAGCCAAGGGGCCGCUGCCCGCGGGGGGAUGAAGGCGCUGGGCUGUGCCAAGCUGCACGUGGCCGUGGCCGUGCUGCUGGUGAGGGCCCGGCUGGUGGCACAGGCACUGCAAGUGCUGGGGGAAAGUGCCACCACCGUGCCCGGGCUGGGCUGCGACUGCCCAGGAGCUGGAGCAGGAGCUCGUGCUGGUGCAGGGGCUGCUGGCGCAGCACGGGCUGGCCCCUGUGCCGAGCCAGGGCAAUGCGCCGGGGAGGCCAGGACCACCGUCCGGGGCUGCCUGACAGCUCCGGGCAUGGAGCAGCAUCACACCAAGCCGUGCAGCCACGAGGCUUCUGGCUCAUGCUGCCACGUCCCUCUGUUUGCCAGAUGCUCUCUCUGGCCACCAGCCAGGACUGUCGGUUCGGUGGUGUAACUCAGGGGAAGCCCACUCACCGUGUGGGACGCACUCUCAUCCUUCCCAGUGUUUUCUAACUCCUCAUCCUGAGGACACCGGUGCAGCAUCACCUUGGCCUGUGCCUGCGUUCCUGCCCGCGCAUCCCUGCCCUCGGGUCUGGUUGGGAGAAGGGGACACAUGCCCCGGAGCCUUCACACCCCUUACACUGCUCCACUCCCACUACUUUUGGGUUUGGUUUUUUGUUUCUCUUUUCUUUUUUUUUUUUUGUUUGUUUGUUUGUUUGUGGGUUUUUUUGUUUUGUUUUGGGUUUGUUUUGUUUUGUUUUGUUUUGGUUUUUUUUUGUUUUGUUUUUUUUUUUUUAAGCAACGUUUUAGCCCAUGGCCAACCUGGGGCUUUUAGCCCAAAUAAAGAGGCCAGGAACA